AUGUCCGGCAGCUUCUCUCCAUACUCGAGGCGUGGUUACCCCGACGAGCCUGUGCCUCCUCCAUACUACACUCCAAGCCCAACGCCGUCCCCUCGGCACAGCUCCUACAUGUAUAGCCAACCUUCCUACCCGCCACGACCUGCGACGCGGGCGCACUUUCGAACGACGAGCAAUGCCUUCGUCGAGACAUCUUCGCGACCUCCUGCGGCCUCGCCCCGGUACACGAGCGAUGGUUUCUAUGCCACCAAGACCGAUGGCGGUUAUGCAGGCUUCCACACUGAGCAGGGCUUCGACGACGCACGUCUGCCCCGACAGCCUACAAAGCAACGACGCUCGUCCAUGUCGACGCCCCAACGACCCUCUACCGCCCGUCCAUCGAGCUCCCACAAGCCCGUCCCACUCAAGGCGAGGGUAGCUACAGAGGUGGAUAGACAGAAGCAUAGGAUCCCCCAGGGUUACUCAUUGAAGAACUGGGAUCCUUCUGAACCACCCAUCUUGCUGCUCGGCUCGGUUUUCGACGCGAACUCUCUGGGCAAAUGGAUUUAUGACUGGACGACUUAUCAUCUCGGGCCCAACAACGAACUGUCCGAGAUGGCGGGUGAACUCUGGCUCCUGCUCAUCCAGUUCUCGGGCAAGCUCAAGGGCGCCGAGGACGUGGUUGCAAAGGUCCGUGACCCCAAGAGGCGUGAAGUCCUCGAGGACUUCAUUGAAGCUGGCCCCAUGCUCCGCGCGAGCAAGAAGAAUGGGACUGGCCUCGGAAAGAAUGCUGGCGUCGAGUUUGUGGAGACCCUCUUCGGUCGUGACCGCGAACUUGAGCGCACAGAACGCUUCAUGUCCUCUCUCGAGCUGUACAUCAAGAGGUUCAAGGCCAACUGUGAUGAGAUCCUUAAGCACCCUACCAGGUAA